AUGACCGCGCCUUUACGACAUGAGCUUGUGCGGCAAGUGGACAAAUCUUUCAUGAAGUUUCCUUGGGAGAAAGGAAGACUGGCUAAGGUGUUGGGAAAAGAUGCAACCAUUGGCACAUCUGUGACAGGCGUACAACUGGCUGAUCGAAAUCCCAUCAAGCUUGACUUUGUGAGAAGUGAUGAUCAACGUACAAGCGUAGCAAUGAGCGAAAGGUAUGAAGCACCAUCCUCCUGCCUAUUCACCAUGUUUGUGAGAGACCAGCAAUCCAGAGCAGUUAAUGUUGACAGAGAGUCGCGCAGAGAUGCAGCAGUUGACAAGUGGGUUGGAAUCUUGAAAGAUGACUAUGAGCACAGCCUUCCUGGUCGUCAAGCCCUCAAUGAAUCUCUACCCAGCAAGAGAGAGACUUACCUGAAGAGUGUUGUCAAUGCCACCUUCUUGUUGAAGAGUCCAGGGACACUGUUGAAGAGGUAUUACGCAAUCCGAGCAUUCGUCUUCUGGAUGCACGACAGACAUUCGAGGCCUUGGCUACCGAUGCUGGAGAUUGAUGCUUGGUCCUAUGUGCGUUCGUUGGCAAAGGAUGGAGCAGCGGCUACGAAAGGGAACAGCUUCCUAGAGGCGGCUAGAUUCUGCCACUUCGUGUUGGGGAUCACAGGUGCUGACAAUGUGGUUGCAAGCUUGCGAGUGAAAGGUCUUUCGGCGCAAUUGUGGGUGACGAAGAGGCCUUGGCAACCAGCAUCAGUGUUGACUGUGGAUGAGGUGUUGAAACUUCAUAGUUAUCUGAUGGAUGAGACCAACAACGCAGUGGACAGGCUUUUUGUUGGUCAUUUGUUGCUGCUGCUCUACUCUCGUUCUAGGUGGAGCGACCUUGCCAAUGUCACGGAGUGCUACUUGGACGAGGAGCAAGCCUAUGUCGAGAUCAGGACAAAGGUGCACACCGACUUGAAAAGUCGACUGCUGCCAAUUGUGGCACCAGCCAAGGGCAUCGAUGGAAGUUCUUGGGCGGUGACAUACAUGGGACUUCGUGAUACCUGUGGGCUCGGGCCAGUCAAUGACUCAGGAGGACCAGUACUGCCAGCGCCAUUGGGCGACGACGAGUGCAUUGCUUGGACAAACCGUGCUUUGUCACCAGAAGAAGGCAUGCUGACGCCGAUUCCUCAGACGGCGCCUGCACCGGUCACACCUGGGAUUCCUUUGAUGUCAACACAGCAGACGAGCCAGCAGUCCUUGAACAAGCAGAGUGAUGUCACUGCAGAGACGAGGAGUGAUGGGCCUUCGACUGAGCAAGUGGAAGUCGAUGUCGACGAUGCGAGCUGGACCCAAGUGGAAAUGCCAGUACCCAAAAUCCUGUCUGAAGAGGCCAUUGCAGAGAUGAGCGGUAGCCUUGUGAAAGAUUGGACAGAGCUGGAGCAUGAGCUGACGAGUGAAGAUUCAUCCUCCACGGAUGGUGAAGAGGUUCAGGCGGGAAAUGACCUCGUCAAACAGUUUGCGCCGAAGUUUGAGUGUGACUUCGUGAACAUCAAAUCCUUGGUCAUUCACUGCAUCCGCGAACGAGAUGUCUUCAGGUGUGGACGUAAGCUAUGUGUUCAACCAGCGGGCAAUAAGCUGUCACCUUUAGUGCCCGAGUUCAAACACAAGAUUGUCGUCGCCUACGACCAGGACCAGAACAUCUUGUGGCCCUGCAUUGCGCCAUCGGUGGACAACUGCAAAUUGCUGCAUACCGAACAACUGGGGAAUAAGAGUGACAGCAAUUCGGAUGUGGACACGUUACAAUUGAUCUUGCAGGUAUGUCAUUCUUUUGGUGCAGACCCGGAUUUCAGUGAGUGCCGGUGUAUUGACAAGUUCUCCUGCGUGAAAAUAUUUGGUAGCUUCUGGGAACCGGAAGAAUUCAUUCAACAAGUGAUUCUGGCAGGCCACCCAUUCGCAGACAGACACGUGGUACCUGGAAUCUUGAUUGAAGCAAUGGACAGACACAUGAAUUCUUCGGACUUGGACAUCGCCAGAUCGAGACUACACUUUGUGAAGAAGUGGUCACAACGUGCCAAGGAGCUCAGCGAUGAGGAGGAGAAGUUGAAAGCAGGCCUGGACCCACAAGUUGUGCGAGUGAUCGAGAAAAAGCGCAUUCUUCUGUACAAGGAGAUGUUGGUCGAAGCCGAGAGUGAUGGGCCUUCGACUGAGCAAGUGGAAGUCGAUGUCGACGAUGCGAGCUGGACCCAAGUGGAAAUGCCAGUACCCAAAAUCCUGUCUGAAGAGGCCAUUGCAGAGAUGAGCGGUAGCCUUGUGAAAGAUUGGACAGAGCUGGAGCAUGAGCUGACGAGUGAAGAUUCAUCCUCCACGGAUGGUGAAGAGGUUCAGGCGGGAAAUGACCUCGUCAAACAGUUUGCGCCGAAGUUUGAGUGUGACUUCGUGAACAUCAAAUCCUUGGUCAUUCACUGCAUCCGCGAACGAGAUGUCUUCAGGUGUGGACGUAAGCUAUGUGUUCAACCAGCGGGCAAUAAGCUGUCACCUUUAGUGCCCGAGUUCAAACACAAGAUUGUCGUCGCCUACGACCAGGACCAGAACAUCUUGUGGCCCUGCAUUGCGCCAUCGGUGGACAACUGCAAAUUGCUGCAUACCGAACAACUGGGGAAUAAGAGUGACAGCAAUUCGGAUGUGGACACGUUACAAUUGAUCUUGCAGGUAUGUCAUUCUUUUGGUGCAGACCCGGAUUUCAGUGAGUGCCGGUGUAUUGACAAGUUCUCCUGCGUGAAAAUAUUUGGUAGCUUCUGGGAACCGGAAGAAUUCAUUCAACAAGUGAUUCUGGCAGGCCACCCAUUCGCAGACAGACACGUGGUACCUGGAAUCUUGAUUGAAGCAAUGGACAGACACAUGAAUUCUUCGGACUUGGACAUCGCCAGAUCGAGACUACACUUUGUGAAGAAGUGGUCACAACGUGCCAAGGAGCUCAGCGAUGAGGAGGAGAAGUUGAAAGCAGGCCUGGACCCACAAGUUGUGCGAGUGAUCGAGAAAAAGCGCAUUCUUCUGUACAAG